UUAAACUACUGCGCAUGUCCAACAAAAACAGCUGUGAAGGAGGCGGGGCGUCAGUGACGUAUCAGGAAGCUUUCCCCAUGCGUGUUGUGGAUCCCAGAGAUAAAACGUGUAUUAAUGAUGUCAUCAGGAGACGAGCAGCUGUGUCUGAACAUCUGCAGCAGUUUUUCCCCCUCAUCACUGUCCAGGAAGAAACAUCUGAGUUCUCAGCAGAGAUGGGCCAUAAAGAAGCAGAAAGCAGAGAAGAGGAGGUUCAGCUCCCCAGAGAAGGAGCAUGCAAAGAUGAAGGGAGGCUCCUUUAAAAAGAGGAGACUCCAGCACACUGACACAGCAGAGGAUGAGCAUGAGGAGGCUCAGUCUGCAGGCACUCAGUCUCCACUCACAGAGGAAACAGACAGGAAAGAACCACAGAAGAAGAAAAGAGAGAAUGAGAAGAAGAAGGAUGGAGUCAAAGAAACAGGAAGGAGCAACAUUAAGACUUCCUCUUUAUUUAAACAUAAUCCAGAUAUCCCAGAGAUCCAAAGACCUUCCGUCUCUCAGGUAAAGGAGAAGAUUUUCACCAGUGACUCAUUUUCAGACCUGGACCUUCACCCACACCUGGUGGCAACACUGAACAAAGUCCUGAAUGUUUCCACAGUUACUAGUGUUCAGAAACAGACAAUUCCAGUUCUUCUGUCAGGACGAGACGCUGUUGUCCGGUCUCAGACAGGAUCAGGUAAAACCCUGUCCUACGCCGUCCCUGUUGUCCAGAGUCUACAGGCGGUCCAGCCCAAGGUUAGCAGGUCUGAUGGUCCUCUGGCUGUCGUCAUUGUCCCAACCAGAGAGCUUGCCCAGCAGACAUUUCAGACCUUCCAGAAGCUCUUAAAGCCUUUCACAUGGAUUGUCCCAGGCGUUCUGAUGGGAGGAGAGAAGAGAAAAGCUGAAAAAGCCAGGCUACGAAAAGGCAUCAACAUUCUGGUUUCAACUCCUGGACGUCUAGUGGAUCAUAUCAAAAACACCCUGAGCAUCGCCUUCAGUGCUGUCCGCUGGCUGAUUUUAGAUGAGGCUGACCGGACGUUGGACUUGGGUUUUGAGAAGGACCUGACAGUCAUUUUAAACAGCCUGAACUCCACAGGACCAAGCAGACAGAACGUCCUCCUGUCUGCUACAAUGACAAGUGGUGUGACUCGAUUAGCAGAUAUCUGUCUGUCUGAUCCAGUCAGCAUCCACGUGUCUGGUUCUGCCUCCACUGACUUCACAGGCACUACCUCUGACCUAAGCACAGCCAGCCAAUCAGAGAGCUUUGCUGUACCAGAGGCUCUAAAGCAGUUUGUGGUGGUGGUUCCCAGUAAGAUCAGACUGGUUUGUUUGGCUGCCUUCAUACUGGACAAAUGCAAGUUUUCACAGAACAACAAACUCAUCAUCUUUGUAUCAAGCUGCGAGGCCGUCGAGUUCAUACACUCGCUCUUCACCUCCAUCCUCUCAGGCCCCUCAUCAAACAAUAAGCCCAAACUCAGCUUUAUGCGUCUUCAUGGCAACAUGAAGCAGGAAGAGCGCUUAGAGGUCUUUCAGGAGUUUUCAGUAUCUAAGUCUGGAGUCUUGUUCUGCACGGAUGUGGCAGCCAGAGGUCUGGACCUUCCUCAAGUUACCUGGAUCAUUCAGUACACUCCUCCAACUGCAGCAGCAGAAUACGUCCACCGUGUCGGUCGGACAGCUCGGAUCGGAGGACAAGGAAGCAGCCUCCUGUUCCUCACACCUGCCGAGACCGCCUUCAUCACUGAGCUGGCCAGUUACAAUAUCAGUCUAUCAGAGAUGAAGCUGUUGGACAUUCUCUCAAGUCUGAUGAUGGACGACAUGUAUAAGGGACGGGGGAAAUACCACAGCAAGAGUUCCUCCAAGGCUCUGGAGCAGGAGACCAGAGAGAGAGCGACGGUUCUGCAGACCGAGUUUGAAAACUUUGUUCACGCAGAUGCUCAGUCCGUGCAGAAUGCCAAGAAAGCACUGCAGUCCUUCCUGCGAGCGUACACCACCUACCCCGCAAACCUCAAGCACAUCUUCCACAUCCGCUCCCUCCACCUGGGACACACUGCCAAGAGCUUCGGACUCCGAGACGCCCCACGGGGCCUGAGUGCUGUCACUGAGCAUGCAAAGGGCCCAAAUAAAGGCCGUGGGGCUAAAACCCACAACCAGAACAAGAACCAGAACAGGAGUCCAGUGAAGAAGCAGAACAAGUCAAGCAGUGGUCAGACUGCAGGACAGAGAAGAACCGGAGAGAAGAGGUUUUCUCCUGGUCAGAGGGAGCUCAAUCUGUUCCGCUCAGAGUUUUCCAGUGGAAUGGAGGGAGGAGAUGCCAAGAAGAAGAAGAAGAAAAAGAAGAAGUUUGGUCAGUCAGGAGAAGAGGAUGACGUUGAAAAAUAAGAAGGUGCAGCAACUGACUGACACAUCACUGUGGAAUAAGACAUGACUGACUAUAAGCUCUGAGGCUAGAGCACAGGGAGGCACAGACAUAUUUACAGGAUGAUUAGAAGUCCUUGAGAAUCCUGGAAAGGUCUGAUUUGUGUUAAGGACCUGUAGCUGUUCUCAAGAUGAUUUGAGCACAUGUCGUUCAUCAUGAUAAUGCAAACUGAGCCAAAGAUGACAGAACUGUUUUUGUAGACAGCUUCAACAGAAACAUUUUAAAGGAUGAUUUUGUUUUUCUGUGACUCAGUUUAACUGCAGGAUAAACUUUAUCCCUCUGUGUUCAGGUUGCUUUGGCAACUCACGCUGGACAUCUGUGUACAAAGUUGUGUGAAACAUUUUCUAACAGGACUUCCGCUUUGACAUUGAAAAAAAAUUUAUUGCUUAAUUCCUCUCAAAAUUUAGAAAAAUUAUGCAAAAUGUUUAAAUAUGAAUAACUUGUUUUUUUUGGAGCUGAAUGAAUUUAAUGAAGAUGUAGAAAUAAAAAAGAAAUUCUUAUUUACUCAA